GUCACCCCCGGCCGAGGGGAGGCAGCGCCCCGCCCCGCCCCGCCCGCUCCGCCGGGCCGCGCCGAUCGGCCGGGCGGCCUCGGCACCCCGCACCGGCACCGGCGCCCCGCAGCGCCGCGGGCACCGCCGCCGCCAGCGGCCCCGCCAGCGGCCCGGCCCGGCCGGGUGAUUGAGGUACUGCGCCUCUGGCCGUGGAAGCAUGUCGGGGCCAGUGCCGAGUCGGGCCAGGGUCUAUGCAGACGUGAACACUCAGAGACCCCGCGAGUACUGGGACUACGAGUCGCACGUCGUGGAAUGGGGCAACCAAGACGACUAUCAGCUUGUGCGGAAACUCGGCCGCGGCAAAUACAGCGAAGUCUUCGAAGCCAUCAACAUCACCAACAAUGAGAAAGUGGUUGUGAAAAUCCUCAAGCCCGUGAAAAAAAAGAAGAUCAAGCGUGAGAUUAAGAUCCUGGAGAACCUCCGCGGAGGCCCCAAUAUCAUCAGCCUGCUGGACAUAGUGAAAGACCCUGUGUCUCGGACGCCCGCCCUGGUCUUUGAGCACGUCAACAACACAGACUUCAAGCAAUUGUACCAGACGCUCUCCGACUUUGACAUACGGUUCUACAUGUACGAAAUCCUCAAGGCGCUGGAUUACUGCCACAGCAUGGGCGUCAUGCACCGGGACGUCAAACCACACAACGUCAUGAUCGACCACGAGCACAGAAAGCUGCGCCUGAUCGACUGGGGGCUGGCGGAGUUCUACCACCCCGGCCAGGAGUACAACGUGCGGGUGGCCUCGCGGUACUUCAAGGGACCCGAGCUCCUGGUGGAUUACCAGAUGUACGACUACAGCUUAGACAUGUGGAGCCUAGGCUGCAUGCUGGCCAGCAUGAUCUUCCGGAAAGAGCCCUUCUUCCACGGGCACGACAACUACGACCAACUCGUGCGCAUCGCGAAAGUGCUGGGGACGGAGGACCUGUACGACUACAUCGACAAGUACAACAUCGAGCUCGAUCCCCGCUUCAACGACAUCCUCGGCAGACACUCGCGGAAGCGGUGGGAGCGCUUCGUGCACAGCGAAAACCAGCACCUCGUCAGCACCGAAGCGCUCGACUUCUUGGACAAGCUGCUGCGCUACGACCACCAGACGCGCCUCACGGCGCGCGACGCCAUGGAGCACCCGUACUUCUACCCCAUAGCGAAAGACCCGGCGAGGAUCGGCACCUCGGCCGGACUCUCCGCCAGUAACACCCCUGUCAGCUCCUCCAGUAUGUUGGCCGGUAUGACCUCGCUGUCCGCGUCCCAGCCCAUCGGCAGCCUGGCUGCGUCGCCCGUCAUCUCCUCUCCCAACGCCCUGGGCUCGCCGGUGCCCGCCGCGGCCGGCGGCCAGCCCUGAACGCGCCCCUCGGCCGCCCGCGGCGCCGGGGGCCGCGCCUGCCUCUGCCCCGCUCCGCCGGCCCUCCAGCGGCCCCUGCCCCGGGGACGGGACGGGGCGGGAGUCUUAUUUUUAUUUCUGUUAAGUAUGGAAAAAAAAAAACCAUGAGAAAAAAAGAGCAAAAAAUGUAGGAUUUUUUGUUUGUUUCCUCUGUGCAGUAACAAUAUCCCACGCUCUGGCGCUGGCCCAAGGCUGAGCUCUGUCGUGUCUGUGUCGGGGUAGGGCGUUAGGCGCCGCCGUCGCGCGAGGACCGUGGUUUAGUGCCGCAACUACCGUGUAGAAAUCUAAAACGUAUAAUAAAAUUUAUUUUCUAUGGCCCUAA